AUGAAGUUCUCUCUGACUUUCGCCUCGCUGCUGGUCGCGGCCGUCUCCGCCCAGAACGGCACAUUCCCCAAUGGCACUUCACCCCUUUACAAGAACCCGAAUGCCCCCAUUGACGACAGAGUCUCUGACCUGUUGAAGCGCAUGACCAUCCAGGAGAAGACGGCUCAACUACUCCAAGCCGACAUUCGUGACUACCUCAACCUGACCGAUGGCCGCUUCAACCAAAGCGGUCUGACCUGGGCCGCCGAGAACAGAGCCAACUCCAUCUGGACCGGUCUUUACUCCAAUGUGUCCACCAUUUCCUACGGAGCAAAGGUCGCUCAGGACUACCUGGUGAACAACACCACUCUGGGCAUUCCGGCUUUCAUCCAGAGCGAGGGUAUCCACGGCUUCCUUGCCCUCAACGCCACCAUCUUCAACUCGCCCAUUGCCCACGGUUGCUCUUGGAACCCGGAGCUGGUUGAGAAGAUGGCCAAGGUCAUCGCUGUCGAGUCCAAGGCUCUCGGCGUCAACCAGAUCUUCGCCCCCGUAGUUGACUUGGCUCGUGAACUGAGAUUCGGCCGUGUCGAAGAGACCUACGGCGAGGAUCCUUUCUUGGUCGGCGAGUACGGCUACCACUACACCAAGGGUCUCCAGGAGAACGGCGUGUGCGCCAUGGUCAAGCACUUUGCCGCCUUUGCUUCCCCCGAGCAGGGUGUCAACACGGCUCCCGUCCACGGCGGUCCCAGAGAGCUUCGCACCACCUACCUCCCCGCCUUUAAGCGCGCUAUCUUUGAUGCCGACGCCUGGAGCAUUAUGUCUUCGUACAACGCCUAUGACGGUGUCCCCACGGUCGCAGACCACCACCUGCUGACUGAGAUCUUGCGCGAGGAGUGGGGUUACGAGUACUAUGUUAUCUCCGAUGCUGGCGGUACCGCUCGUCUUUCCAACGCCUUCUUUGUCUGCGGAGAGACCGAUGAUGCUUGCAUCACCCUCAACGUACGUAGCUCUGUUAAGCUCCCUAGUACAACGCCCUGCUCACCAGUCUUUCAGUCCCUCCCUGCCGGUAACGAUGUCGAGAUGGGUGGCGGACGCUACAGCUUCCAGUACAUCCCCGAGCUCAUCGCCAACGGUACUCUGCCCGAGGACGUCGUCGACACGGCCGUCUCCCGCGUUCUCCGCGCAAAGUUCAAGUCGGGCAUCUUUGAACACCCGUACACCGGCGUCCCCGACGACGAGGUCUUCAACUACCUCAACACAGAGGAGCACCGCAAGAUCGCCCGCGACCUCGACGCCGAGAGCAUUAUCCUGCUUGAGAACCACAACGAGACCCUGCCCCUGAAGAAGGACGCUCACGUCGCCGUCAUCGGCCCCAUGGCCCACGGAUUGGUCAACUACGGCGACUACGUCAUCCACACCGCAAUGGAACGCGGCGUCACCCCCCUCGACGGCAUCAAGGCCGCCAGCUCCGGAACAGUAACCUACGCAAAGGGCGCCGAGCGCUGGUCCAACGACGAGUCCGGCUUCCCCGAGGCCGUCGCCGCUGCCUCGGCCGCCGACGUCGCCGUCGUCGUCGUGGGCACCUGGUCCCGCGACCAGGACGAGCUCUGGGCCGGCCUCAACGCCACCACGGGCGAGCACAUUGACGUCCACGACUUCAAGCUCGUCGGCGCCAUGGGUCGCCUCGUCAAGGCCGUCAUCGACACGGGCAAGCCCACUGUCGUCGUCUUCAGCUCCGGAAAGCCUAUUACCGAGCCCUGGAUCUCGGACGAGGCUGGCGCGCUGGUGCAGAUGUUCUACCAGGGAGAGGAGGGCGGUCACGCGCUGGCGGAUAUCCUGUACGGAAACGUGAACCCGUCUGGCAAGCUUUCCGUCGCGUUCCCGCAUGAUGUCGGUACCACGCCUGUGUACUACGAUUAUCUCAACUCCGCCCGGUCCUGGCCCAACCCGGGUAAGGAGUACGCCAACGGGACCUUGGUCUUUGGCAGCAACUACGUCUUGUCGACUCCUCUGCCCUUGUACGAAUUCGGCUACGGUCUCUCCUACAGCACCUUCGACUACCACGACAUCUCCGUCUCCGCCUCCACCGUCUCCCCCACCGACACCGUCACCCUUAGCGUGCAGGUGACCAACAACUCGACCCGCGACGGCGCAGAGGUCGUCCAGGUCUACGUCAAGGACAUGAUCUCCUCCAUCGUCGUGCCCAACAAGGAGCUGCGCGGCUUCUCCAAGGUCUUCAUCAAGGCCGGCGAGACCGCUGAUGUCUCGAUUGACCUGCCCGUCUCCUCGUGGGGUUUGUGGGAUAAGAAGCUGCAGUACGUCGUUGAGCCGGGCGAUUUCACCGUCUUUGUCGGGUCUUCGAGCGAUGAUUUCCGCGGGAAUGCGACUGUGACGGUUGUCUAA